AACGCAGUCCUCGUUCGGAGUGCUGUCGGACGCACACGUUACAAGACUGCCCUCAAGUUUGUGUCUGUAAUAUAAGUUAUUACAAGGCCUUUUUUUAUGGUGUUUGACACCGAGGGUUCCAGUAGGAUACACUUUUCUGACCCGUAAUCCAAAGCUUGUUUCCUGCCUUGGAUCAUGAUGUCGGGGUUCUCUGUGAACGACCACCUGGAGGGGAUUCUGUCCGACUUUGAAGCGCUCAAGAGGUCCUUUGACAUCGACGAUGAGGAGGACAUCCCCAGCUUCUCCUCUGGCUGCCCCAGCGCCCCCCCCAUGCCCCCCCCGUCCUCCUCCCAUCUCCUCCUGAGCCACAACAGGACCCAGGAGGGACGGGGAGCCACGCAGCCGCCGGCCUCGUCGGACCUGCACCCCCACAGCCCGUUCCUCUCCCAGCGGGGGGGCCUGAAGUCGCGCUCCGUCAGCAGCAGCCUCUCCUUCAGCCACGGGAACAAGCCCGCCUUCAGAAAGAACGGGGGGGGCGGGGUCACCAGGGCCGCCUCCUUCCAGAACCGCUUCCACCCCAACGGCUACUACUCCUCCCUGUCGGGCCCCGGCAGCGACAACGACAGCCUCCACAGCUCCUCCUCCAGCCUGGAGGGGCCCCCCGCCUCCGCGGCGAGGUACGGCGGGGGGGAGUACCAGCACCUCAUGGUCCAGGGGGGUGCACUGGGGGGUGCACUGGGGGGUGCACUGGGGGGUGCACUGGGGGGUGCACUGGGGGGUGCCCCGGGGUCCGACGGCCACCAGAAGAGCUCCUCCCACGGGGGCGUGUUCCUCUCUGAGGACGCUCUCAGGGGCGGGGCUCCGGAGCUCCGGGGCGGGGCUCCAGAGCUCCGGGGCGGGGCUCCGGAGCUCAGGGGCGGGGCUCCAGAGCUCAGGGGCGGGGCUCCAGAGCUCAGGGGCGGGGUGGAUGGGCAGAGAGAGGGGGUGCCUCUGGGAUUAGGGUUUGCCAAUAGCAACGCCGGCUGGAGCGGCCGCCCGCUCUACGGCGGCGGGGCGGAGCUCCACUCCGGCUCCGCCCAGCAGAGCCGCCGGCUCCAGCAGCACGGGGGCCCUGGGGGCCCCCAGGGCCCGCAGCCCCCCAGGGCCAGAGAGCCCCCGCGCCUCAACAAGUUCCCCCUGGAUCUGGAGAACCUCACCAUGAACACCACCCCCAAGCCCCCGCCUCGGGGCGCAGCCAGCCCCCCCCAGCCCUCCCCCGGCCCCCCCCAGCCCUCCUCCGGCCCCCCCCAGACCUCCCUCAGCCCCUCCCUCUUCCCCUCCCCCCUCAGCGGCGUGGAGAGGACCCCCUCCCCGCCCGGCCUCCCCCACCUCCCCCCUUCCUCCCCCAGGGGCUCCCUCCCGGUCCCAGGGGCCAGCCGCUCCCCGCCCCCCCCCGCCCAGACCCCCCUGCUCCCCGGGCCCCAGGCGGUCCACGGUGGGGGUCCCGGGGCGGCGAGGAGGCUGGGGGAGGAGCCUCAGGGCCGCGCCCCAAACAGCGUUGGCUCCGUCCUGCGGAGGAUCGCCUCCUUCUCCCACGGCCCCCCGCCGGACGGCAGCGGGGGCCCGGCGGGGGGGAGCCCCAAGCCCCGCAGGGCCCCCGGCGGGACCAGGGACGGGGCCCCCGGCGGGACCAGGGACGGGGCCAGGUACGGGGCCCCCGGCGGGACCAGGGACGGGGCCCCCGGCGGGGCCAGGGACGGGGCCCCCGCCGGGACCAGGGACAGGACCAGGGAUGGGGCCCCCGGCGGGACCAGGGACGGAGCCCCCGGCGGGACCAGGGACGGGACCAGGGACGGGGCCCCCGGCGGGACCAGGGACGGGGUCCUGUCGCCGGCCCCCCUGCAGAGCGAGAGGAACCUGGAAGACAGGCUGAAGGUGGAGGAGAGUGAGAGGACGGAGGCCCCUGCACUGAUGGAGGAGAGUGAGAGGACGGAGAAGACCCCCAAAGACCCUUCCCCCUUAUCAGAGGAGCAGCAGCACGUACCGCAGCGAGGAGAGCUGGCGCUGCAGACGGGGGGGUCGGAGGGGCAGCCAGCGGUCGGAGCCCUCCCCCAGGGGGGGCAGGAGGGGCAGGGGGGGCAGGAGGGGCAGGGCAGCUCUCCGGACCCCCGGGUGGAGGGGGGGACGGAGACGAGGGCCCCCCCCCCCGGAGGCCCCCAGGGGGGCGUCCUCAGGGGUCCUGACCUCUUGGGCUACGUGGGCAUCGAGGCCGUGCUGGACCAGAUGCGCCGCAAGACCAUGAAGGCCGGCUUUGAGUUCAACAUCAUGGUGGUCGGUCAGAGUGGCCUGGGGAAGUCCACCUUGGUCAACACGCUGUUCAAGUCCAAAGUCAGCCGCAAGUCCUGCUCUCCAAACUAUGAAGAGAAGAUCUCCAAGACCGUCCAGCUGCAGUCGGUCAGCCAUGUCAUCGAGGAGAAGGGGGUGAGGAUGAAGCUGACCGUCAUCGACACGCCCGGGUUCGGAGACCAGAUCAACAACGACC